UCACCUCUCCGAGAUGGCAGUCUACUGUGAGAACUUCAACAUGUACCACCAGCACCAGCACCAGGCGGGCUACCCGCUGGCGGACUACCCGGGCACUGCCAGCCCUUACCUGUGGCUGAACGGGGCGGCGGCCGGGGGAUCGCCGUCUCCGUACCUGCACAGUCAGAGCCCCUCGCCGUUCCCGGCCCACCCUCCGCAGUUCGUGCCCGCGGCACCGUCCUCCGGGCCGCCCGGAGCCGCGGAGCUGGGCUGGCUCUCCCUCGCCAGCCAGGAGGAGCUGCUCAAGCUGGUCCGGCCGCCUUACUCCUACUCGGCUCUGAUCGCCAUGGCCAUCCAGAACGCCCCGGACAAGAAGCUCACCCUCAGCCAGAUCUACCAGUACGUGGCCGAGAACUUCCCCUUCUACAAGAAGAGUAAGGCGGGCUGGCAAAACUCCAUCCGGCACAACCUCUCCCUCAACGACUGCUUCAAGAAGGUGCCGAGGGACGAGGACGAUCCAGGGAAAGGGAAUUACUGGACCCUGGACCCUAACUGCGAGAAGAUGUUUGACAAUGGCAACUUUCGCCGCAAGAGAAAGCGGAGAACCGACUCCAACUCGGGCCUCGGGGGUUCCCUCACUGGCAAGCCCCAGGACAAUGCAGGGACUCCCGCCUUGAAGCUAACCGAGAGCCCGCCGCUCUUGCUGGAAGCUACCUCGCCGGAGCCGGAGCACUCGCGGGGCUCCAUCGACGACCCGAAACUUUCCACGCCCUCGUCCAGUCCUUGCCUGAACAGUUUCUUCAACAGCAUGGCCGCCGUGGGCAGUGGCCCCAUCACUAGGCAAGUGUCCAUGGGACUGGCCAAUGACUUCUUCCAAAGGAAUGUCUCUGCACUCGGUUCCUACUCGUCCAACAGCAGCUUAUCCUCGCAGGAAGCCAGCGAGGUGACGGACUCCUUUCACUUCAACCGCGCGGGCUAUCACAACACUUUCUCCGGCGGUCAGACAACCCAAUUCAACAGCCAUUUCUACAACACCUUCAGUGUCAACAGUUUGAUUUACCCCCGGGAGGGAACGGAGGUCUGAAGAAUGAAUACAUGAGCAGUAGACUCUCCAGAAAGUGAAGAGUUCAAGUCGCCACUUCAGCGUCAUAUUCCCUCAUCUUCAACCUUUAAUCCGUCUUUAAUUCAGUAUUCCCCACCUUCAAUCCCUCGCCAUCAUCAAUUUCCAUCCCCCCUUCCCAACCCCUCUCACCAUCCUCAAACCCCUCGCCAUCUUCAACCCCCAUCUCCCCAUCCUCAAUCUCUCUCUGAUCCUCAAUCCCUCUCCCAUUCUCAAACCCUCUUCCCAUCUUCAAUCCCUCUCCACCUUUAGUCCCCUCUCCACUUUCAAUCUCACUCUCUUAACGUUCUUUGGCAUUUUUCCUUCAAUCUCUCUUAGUGUCCCACAUUCUCACCCCUUUCAUUUUCAAUCUCUCUCCUCCUUCAAUCUCACUCCUCUCCAUCUCCAGUCUUCAAUCCCCUUCUCUCAUGGGAACAGGCCCAAUGCCACAAACUGGUCCAUGGGGCCCAUUCAGCUAGUUCCAAUUGCCCACUUUUGGCCAUAUCCCUCUAAACCCUUCCCACCCAUGUACCUAUCCAAAUGCUGUUUUAAGUGUUGCUAUUGUACCUGCCUCAGCCACUCUCUCUGGCAGCCUAUUCCAUAUUUGCACCACUUUCUGCAUGAAGAAGU